UAACGAGACCCCAAAGGUCAAGUAUAGGAAGUGGAAGUUGUCAUUGCCAAAUCACUGAACCUCUUCACUCAAAUCAAAUCAUAUACUACUAUUUUAUAAUCUUACAGAUUCAGAUUUAGAAUCAUAAAUAAAUAAAUAAUUAAAACAAACGAAUAGAAAAGCAAAGUCAGCGCCAUUCAGAUUCAGAUGGUAUGAUUUCAACAACCACUCAACACUUCUCCUGCUCCUUCACUCUUAGGAGAUCUCAUAGAGCUCGUCUGAAAUUUUCUCUUGGAGAUAUUGGCUUCGUGUACAGUUAUCAUUUAUGGGUCACAAUCUGCUGAACAUGAUAUAGAAUUUUGAAUCUUUGAGGAGAUGGAGAAGACAGGAAAUGAUACGGGGCCAGCAUCUCUGCCUCCUGAUUCUCCUUGGUGGCCAGCAGAUAUUUCCAAGAAACUACAGCAGAUCACUCUGGUUUCUUCAGAAGAUAAAACAAACUCUACUGUAUUGAGCAGCAAGCAGGAGCCAGAGGGGUUAGCAUCAAAGAGAGCGUCUCAGAUUCUGUGGGACACAGGGGAGCUUGCAGAACCUAUUCCUGAUGGUUUCUACUUUGUUAUUCCAGAAAGAAGAUUCAAGGAGCACUUCGAUACUAUUCCAUCUUUGGAUGACCUUUAUGCUUUGGAGACAGAGGGUCUUCGACCUAAUGUUAUUCUUGUCAAUCUGCAUAAAGAUAAGAAGCUUUCCAUGUUAAAACAGCUGACUCUCACAUUAGUGAAAGGAUUGAGUUCGACUCCAGCUGUAGCGGUGAAGAAGAUUGCAGGGUUGGUUUGUGAUUUCUAUAAGCAUCCAAAGUACAAGUCCACUCAUGUGAGUGGUACACUUGAGGAGGUCUCACAUGCUUUGGGUAGUCAAGGAAUACACAUGCUCUGCCAAAUGAAAGAUGGUUCCUGCCAUUCUCGAGCAAUCUUAUUCAAAGUUCUUGCUGAUACCGUGGGCCUUGAGUGCAAGUUGAUUGUGGGUUUACCAAGAGGAGCAGCACUGGAGUGCACAGAUUCUUCUAAGCACAUCCAUGUCACAGUCAUCCUGGAUUCCAUAGAACUACUGGUUGACCUUAUGCAUUAUCCUGGCAAGCUGUUUCCUUAUUCAACAAAGCAGCUGCAUCGCUCACAUUUCUUUGGUGAGAGUGAUUCUGUAGAAACUGAUUCAUGUAACUCACCGAUGGAUCCCAUAAGUCCUACCUGUUUCAGUUCCGACUACAGUGGCACUGGAAGUCCUGAGCAUCCUUUCUUCAGAGGACCUGGGAGAUCCAUUCUUGGUGGUCGUGCACAUUCUUUCAAGGACUGCAGCUAUGACGUUACUUCUUCAAGGUCUGCUGGUGCAUCACCUAUACACACUCGUAGAAGAAGACGGAGGUCCAUUAGCAUGAUUCCGGAAAUUGGUGAUGACAUUGUAAGGGUUGUUCGGGAAAUGAAUGCAUCUAUGAAGAGAAAUCAUCUUUCAGGGGAACAAGCAACAUUUGAUUUGUCUACACGGAAAAGGGAAGAUAAUUCUGAUCAUCAAGUACUGAAUUACCGUCCAGAUGACCUAAAUACAGGAAAUGGUGAAAAAGGUCAAGCACCGCAUUUUCACAGAAAGUGCUUGACAUCUGACAAAGCAAUCUCGCUGCCUUCAUCUCCGCGCUGGAGCUAUGGUAGAGGCAAGGCAGGAGGAAUUUUUGGCAGUCCUGAUAUGACGUCAAGAUUGGACAAAGUAAUAGAAUCAUCAAGGAUCCUCAACAAACCAUUGUUACCAUUUGAUGAAUGGAACAUUGACUUCUCUGAGAUCACCAUUGGAGCUCGUGUUGGAAUUGGGUUUUUUGGAGAAGUCUUUCGCUGUAGUUGGAAUGGAACAGAGGUUGCAGUUAAAGUUUUCCUAGAACAAGACUUGACUGAAGAGAACAUUGAAGAUUUUGCCAAUGAAAUAUCCAUCCUGAGCCGCAUUCGCCACCCAAAUGUAAUAUUGUUCCUUGGUGCUUGCACAACUCCUCCUCGUUUAUCCGUGGUUACUGAAUUCAUGGAAAUGGGAUCCCUAUAUCAUCUGAUCCAUGUAAGUGGACAGAAGAAUAACCUCAGCUGGCAAAGGAGAUUGAAAAUGCUUUGUGAUAUAUGCAGGGGGCUGAUGUGUAUACAUAGGAUGAAAAUUGUGCAUCGUGAUAUAAAGAGUGGAAACUGCCUCGUAAAUAAACAUUACAAAGUCAAGAUCUGUGAUUUUGGGCUGUCACGGUCACUGACUCCAACGCCCGUGCAAGAUUCUUCCUCAGCAGGUACACCAGAAUGGAUGGCACCAGAGCUUAUCCGUAACGAACCUUUCACCGAGAAAUGUGACAUUUUUAGUCUUGGGGUCAUAAUAUGGGAGCUGUACACGCUCAAAAAACCAUGGGAAGGUGUUCCACCUCUCCAGGUCGUAUAUGCUGUUGCUAAUGAUGGAAAACGGCUGGAAAUUCCUGAAGGUCCUUUGGGAAAGCUAAUUGCAGAUUGCUGGGCAGAACCAGAUGAACGGCCUAGUUGUGAGGAAAUCUUGUCACGUCUAGGAGAAUGUAGGUCUUCUGCCAAUUGAUUCUUUACAUUUCUGAUAGAAUCCUAGACGAGGAUUAAUUUUUCAAUGAAGAUUGUAUAUAUUUCAGGCUUUCAACAUCAAUUACUUCAAAUGUAAAGUCUAUAAAAAAAUAAUGUUCAUAAAAUUUGACUUCUAAACUUGUUGCUUUUAUAGUUCUGCUUCUAAUUCCUUUUUUGUUCUAUACCACAAUCCUUUCUGGAAAUGUAACAAAUAAAUGCUCUGAGAUGAUUAACAUCACUAAAAUUGGUGAUGAAACUAGUACUUUUAUUCAUUUGGAU